AUGUCGUCGUUAAAAUACGUUUUUCUUUUCAUUGGUCUUAUUGCUGCUAGCUUAAGAAAUGUUAGGGCUUUUACCAAAGAAGAGAUCUCGACAAUAGAAAGUGCAAUGCGACCUUUUGUGAUGGAUUGCGGCAAAGAAUAUGGUGUGAGUGAGGAAGAAAUUAAAAAGGCGAAAGAAUCCGGCAAUAUUGAUUCUUUUGACCCCUGCUUAUUCGCUUGCUUUAUGAAGAAAAUUGAAUUGAUCAAUGACAAAGGAGAGUUCGACGCAGAAAAAGCUACGGAAAUGACCAAGAAGUUUAUCGUAGACGAAGAAGCGCAAAAUAAAAUUAUGGAAGUGAUUGAUAAAUGCGGUUCAGUGAACGAGCAGUCAGUUGCCGACGAUAAAGGCUGUGAAAGAGCUGCACUGCUGGUUAAAUGCUUUGAACCUUUGAAAGAUCAGUUUGGCGGCGUUUAG